AUGGACCCCGAGUCUUCCCAGCGGGUGGGAGUGAAAGGCCCCCUGCUCCUCCAGGAUUUCCACCUGAUUGAUCUCCUUGCCCAUUUCGAUCGCGAGCGAAUCCCCGAACGAGUGGUCCAUGCUAAAGGUGCAGGAGCUUACGGUGAAUUCGAAGUCUUGGAUGAUAUCAGCGACAUUACGGUCAUUGAUAUGCUUUUGGGUGUGGGAAAGAAGACAAAGUGUAUUACCCGCUUCUCCACUGUGGGUGGAGAGAAGGGAUCCGCCGAUAGUGCUCGCGAUCCUAGAGGGUUCUCCACCAAGUUCUACACCGAGCAAGGAAAUUGGGACUGGGUCUUCAACAACACCCCAGUCUUCUUCUUGCGUGAUCCAUCAAAGUUUCCUAUCUUCAUUCAUACCCAGAAGAGAAACCCGCAGACCAACCUGAAGGAUGCUACCAUGUUCUGGGACUACCUCUCCACCCAUCAGGAGUCCGCCCACCAGGUCAUGCAUCUCUUCAGUGACCGUGGCACCCCGUACUCCUACCGCCACAUGAACGGCUAUUCUGGACACACAUACAAGUGGACCAAGCCUGACGGAACCUUCAACUACGUCCAAAUCCACUGCAAGACCGACCAGGGCAACAAGACCUUUAACAACGAAGAAGCCACCAAGAUGGCCGCCGAUAAUCCGGACUGGCAUACUGAAGAUCUAUUCAAAGCCAUCGAGCGCGGCGAAUACCCAUCCUGGACGUGCUACGUCCAGGUCCUCAGCCCCGAGCAGGCUGAGAAGUUCCGCUGGAAUGUCUUCGACCUGACCAAAGUCUGGCCCCAGGCGGAGGUGCCCCUCCGCCGCUUCGGUCGCUUCACCCUCUGCGAGAACCCGCAGAACUACUUCGCGGAAAUCGAACAGGCCGCCUUCUCGCCCUCCCACAUGGUCCCGGGUGUCGAACCAUCCGCCGACCCGGUCCUGCAAUCCCGCCUCUUCUCCUACCCCGACACCCACCGCCACCGCCUGGGCGUCAACUAUCAGCAGAUCCCUGUCAACUGCCCACUGCGCGCCUUCAACCCGUACCAGCGUGACGGUGCCAUGGCUAUCAAUGGCAACUACGGCGCCAACCCCAACUACCCGUCCACCUUCCGCCCGAUGGAGUUCAAGCCCGUCAAGGCCUGCCAGGAGCACGAGCAGUGGGCUGGCGCCGCCUUGUCCAAGCAAAUCCCAGUCACGGAUGAGGAUUUCGUCCAACCUAAUGGCCUCUGGAAGGUUCUUGGACGCCAACCGGGACAGCAGGAGAAUUUCGUUCACAAUGUGUCCGUCCACCUCUGCGGGGCACAGGAGAAAGUGCGCAAGGCCACCUACUGCAUGUUUACGCGCAUUAACCAGGACCUCGGAGCGCGGAUUGAGAAAGCCACGGAGAGGAUGGUUGCUUCUCAGCCACAGUCGCAUCUGUGA